ACAUGACACUUUACGUCCCUUGUUACUUACUUGUUUUUUGAAAUAUACAUUUUAUAUCCGUCCAUCCAAGGGGUUCAUUUUCGGGCUUUGCUUAAUUAAAUCUACAGAACGGCGAGGGAAAAUAGUAGAGCGAACUGUAAUGCACUGUUAAGCCAUGGCGGGGCAAGAAGCGCGCUGUUCAACAUCAUGUUUUCCUGCCGGCGAUCAGACGUUUUGGACAGAUGUUUCCCCGUUGAUCGAAGCCGUUUGCAGAGAGAUAAUUCUCUGAUCAAGGAGACCAUUUGCAGAUCAAGUAGACCAUUCGCUGAUCAAGUAGACUAUUCGCAGAUCAAGUACAUGAUUCGUUGCCGAGAAUUUGGUUUGUUGUCCUUUGAAGAUAGUUCGCUGUCUUAAGGAGAUAAGUAGCUGCUCCCGGAGAUAACUCACUGACUGAAGUUUGCUUUGCUCAAGAGAAGUUUGCUGAAUGCUGAUUAUACAAUUCGCUGCUCUUGCUAAAGAGCUACAAGUCGGGGAGCUCAUUCAUGGGGAGAAUUUUAGCCUCUUUGAGGCAAUGUCUGCAUUGGAGAUUAUGGAUCCUAAAAUGGAUGCUGGAAUCACUACGUGUGGUUUCCAUUCUCUUGAGGAAGCUAUUGAGAGCAAUGCAGCUCCAAUCAGCUUGAGCAUCUUAGAGACCAUUGAUGUUAUGGACCAUCUUCUUGCAUGCGAGGCAACAUGGCACAAAGGACAUUCAUUGGCUCAGACGGUGUUUUCCUGCCUUUACCUUCUAGAUGUGGAGAGGACAUCUCCAAAUCCUCUUUUGCAUUCAUAUUGUCGAACAGUGCGCGCAACUUGUGAGCUGAUUCGUUCUGCUGUUUCUGAUUCUCGCACCCAUGAAGAGGAAGAUUUCUUCACUAUGGCAUUUGGCCUGGUGUUAAAGAAAGAAGGUGACGAGAAGUGCCUGUCUAUGUUGAAUGCGGUGGAAGAGACACUAUCUCGACAACUGCGUGCUUGUAAAAAUUCUGUGGCAAAGAAGAAGUUGACAGAAGAUUUUGAACCAUUACAAUCAGAUCCUGAACUUGAAGAAGGAUAUUGCAAAGCAGUUUUAUGUCGUUUACGUUUUCGAAAGGCUUUCUACCAUGCCCUAACAUACAUGGGCAAGCCCCAAGGAAGGGGCUUAGAGAUGGCACACAAACACAUCCGAUCAGGGUUGCUAGAGUUGGAAGGAAUUCGUGAAUCAUUGAUAUUUCUAUCAUCUAUAUCAGGCAACUCUUGCAAGGUUGAAGUUGAUGAUAGUACUACUGCAUCUGGACAAAUGGCAGUUGGUUUUGAUGAUAGUAUAAAUCGUCGACUACUAGCCCCUACACCACCACGCUCAAUAAAAAUUCUUAACUGGAAAAUGGCCUUGGAUUAUUUUGAAAAGCUUCUCGAAGAUCUAGAUCAAAUAUGCUUAAUGCCUCUUAAUCUUAGUAUGGAAGAGAUUUUGCAGUUCACUGUUGAUUUCCAGAAAUCUCAGCCCGAUUUGGUUGCUAGAUCACGGCUUCAGCUUUUACUGGUGCACGAUGGUAAGCUUUUUGGUCGGGACCUUCUUUCUGAUGUAAUUUGUAGAGCUAUCAACAUGACACAGCUCUCAAAUAAUCAAGAAUUCCAUAAAAACUAUUUAGUGACACAGUUGGGACGGCUUAUGCUCAAUUUGCUGAGAAUUCUUUGCACUAAUACUGCAUGGCAACGGCGUAAACUUGGUAAAAGCUUGCAAGAGUGGGGCACACUUUUUCAUCAGCUAGAGGUGGCCUGUAAUAAUCAAUUAGAAAGCAAUUCCAGCAGUAUUGAGGGCAAGGGUUUGUGGAUGAUGCAAAUGAUGAACUGGACUGGAGAACAGACUUGCUGGAUAGCAGCUCGUUAUCUUUUGCUGGGAUUCGAGCUAGAGCUUUAUUCUUUUAGUGAAUACUGCAUGAUUUACUGGUAUUUGGAUCAUGUCCUCUUAACACUGUUGCAGUUAUCCCAGGAAAGGUUGACUAUAGAAAAGGAUCAGCAGAGAUUGGCUCUAGCUGUUGAUGCAUCCAAAAAGAAGGUGAAGAAGAAACGAGGAAAGGAGGCUGAAAAGGAGAUUCAUUCGCCUGGUAUAUUGCUGCAGCAGGCUUGUUCAUAUCUUGGCAAGGGAUUGGCAUGGAUGCUUGCUGCUUUAACCAACGACCACAGAUUUGUUGAUCGUCCAACGAUUUUCAAUACUGAACAGGAGAUAUUCAUUCAAAAUUUUGAAUUGUUGCAAAAUUCUCGAGUUCCUGAGCCGCUGUCAUAUUUUCAGUUUAAGCAGUCAACAAUGCAUGCCAAUUUUCUUACGCAAUUUCGGCAAAUGGAGAAUUGUUUUGAAGAAGCUCUGAAUGUUUUAAAGGAGCUCAGGCAUUGUGCUCCUAAGGGUUUGAAAAGGUUUGAAGAAAUUCGUCAAAUGGAGCAUGUUGCAGAGAAAAAUAGAAUUGCACUGAGUGUCAUCCUUGCGGGGAAAGGUGAUAGUUUACCCAGGGUGUCUUUUGAAUUUUCACAGCAUCCAUGCUUUCCGGUUGCUGUUAUCAAGAGAUCUUGAUACUUUGAGCAUGUUCUAAAGCACAUCGUGAGAGUGGUCAUUGUAGCUUUUGCAUUGGUAUAGAAUCUAUCUAAAUGCUUUGAAUAAUUUGAUAUCUAGUCAAGGGUGUAUUUCUUUGGGUUUUGACUGAAUUUUUAUAGGGAUUUUUAUAGAAGGCAUUUGAUCAUCUUGUUUAUGCAUUGUUUUUUAACUUUUUUGGUAUAGUUCCUCGGAUGAGGUGCUAUCCCAAGUCAAGCUAUGGCGCAUGCCUUUGCCAAUAUGCAGUUAUGAUUUUCUUUUUUAA